AUGGAACGAGGAAAGUGGACAAAUGCUGGUACAGCCUACGACAAUAUUCGUCGAUCUCUACGACCACUCCAACAAGCCCCUAAUACAUCAUCCUCAACCGCGAAUACUGGCGGGUAUCGACAUUCACGAAGCCAAACAAUUGAUGAAUCACGCUCUUGGAAGGACCAUAGACCCGCCACCCCCGAAUCCCGUCAUCUCAAUCUUCAAGAGAAUCAGUCUCCACGUUAUCAAACACUCGACUACGAAUCCCAGAGCCCCCAACCGCCGACCUCUCCUCGCCACUGGGCUACUGUGCCCGGAACAUCGCGUCCUUCAUCUCCCCAAAAGACAGUCUCUCACAGCUCUCAUCCUCCGCAGCUGACUGCUGCACUCUCUGCACCCGACCUUGAAGGGUUGCAAAAAUCAUCUACGGGUCAUCUCAGAACACUCUCGAAGUUUGCACAGUCUGGCGAAAACGAAUUUGGCGCGGCUGCAGCGUCUGUGGUGGGUUUGCAAGGCCGACGACGCCUUAAGCGAGCGGGAUCAGUAGCCGGAAGAAAUGGAGCAGUAUCUCCCGAAAAGCCGAAGGCGUCCUCAUGGGCAGCCGGAAAUUGGAUGGACCAGCAGCGACAAUUCAUCCAAGCAUACGAGUAUUUGUGCCAUAUCGGAGAAGCCAAACAGUGGAUUGAAGAUGUCAUUCAAAAGCAAAUCCCGCCAAUCGUUCAGCUGGAGGAAGGACUGCGAGACGGCGUCACUUUGGCGGAGGUGGUGCAAGCAAUGUAUGCGGGCAAAACCCUUCGCAUUUUCCGACACCCCAAAUUACAAUAUCGCCAUUCAGACAACAUCGCCUUGUUUUUCCGAUUUCUCGAUGAGAUUGAGUUGCCAGAAUUAUUCCGAUUCGAACUCAUUGACUUGUAUGAAAAGAAGAACCUUCCCAAGGUCAUACACUGCAUUCAUGCGUUGUCAUGGCUGCUCUUCAAAAAUGGCAUGCUGGACUUCCGCAUGGGUAAUUUGGUUGGUCAGCUCGAGUUUGAACAUCACGAACUUGAGAAAACCCAAAAAGGACUGGACAAGGCCGGUGUGAGCAUGCCUAGCUUUGCGGGUAUGGCUGCAAACUUUGGCGCGGAGCCUGAACCCGAGCCUGUUGAAACGGAAGAAGAUCGCAUUGAUCGAGAAAUGCACGAAAACGAAACCUCAAUCUGCGAGUUCCAGGCUCAGAUCAGAGGGGCUAUGUUGCGUUUACAGCUGGGCAACACGAUGAACGACCUUUGGGACUUUGAACCCCUCCUCAUUGAGCUACAGUCACGUCUUCGUGGAGAUUGGGCCCGACAGAUUAGUGAAUACCGGCUAAGCAUGCUCAAGUUUGCAGUUGGGCUGCAGGCCAUUAGCCGAGGCUUCAUUGUACGUCGCGGCCAACAAGGUGACAAGCAAUGGCGGCAAUCUCAGGAAACGGAUGUUCUGGAUCUACAGAGCCUGAUUCGGGGCUCUAGGGCUCGCGCCCAGGCUAGUCACCUACAAACUCGCGUACGCCGAGAAGAGUCCGGCAUCAAGCAGAUCCAGGCCGCGAUAAGAGGUGCAUUGCAACGCAUGAAUGUUGGUGACCAAUACGAACAGUCCCGACAUGCUGAAAAUGAUGUGGAAUCACUUCAAGCUUUCAUCCGCGGCGCCUUGAAACGCAAACAGAUGGAUGCUCAAUCCCACGAGCUGAAACAAGUGGGCACUUCUGUCAAGUCACUCCAGGCUGCCAUCCGCGGUACCUUGCAACGAAGACACAUGAAUGCUCAGUCUCAAGAGGUGAAGCAGGUUGGCAGUUCCGUCAAGUCACUCCAAGCCGCCAUCCGUGGUACCUUGCAACGAAGACAGAUGAAUACUCACUCCCACGAGGUGAAGCUAGUUGAAACACCCGUCAAGUCGCUGCAGGCGGUUAUUCGAGGAUCGAUUGCCCGUCAAAACUUGUCUCAGAUGAAGGUUCUGCUCAACAAUGAAGCGUCCCAAAUUAUCUGUAUUCAAUCUACCAUCAGGGCUCUGAUUGCCAGAGAACGCCAAACCCUCCUGCUGGACGCACUAGAAGAAACCGAAAACGAGUGUGUUGCACUGCAAGCUAUCGCGCGGGCUGCCGCUGUAAGAAAAAGCACUUCAGCCAUUCGCACCGAGCUUGCGGAACAUCUAUUACCAGUGAUCAACCUGCAGUCUAUUCUCAGGGGACAAGCUUUGAGAGAAUCAUUGGAUGCUCAGAGGACCGCAUUGCUCGAGGAAGAGCCUUCUAUCUUGGAACUCCAGUCCCGAUCCCGUGGCGUCAUUCACAGGAAUUAUCUACUUGCACAGCGAGAUGAACUGGAGCAGGAGGAACAUGCCAUUGUUGAUUUGCAGGCCCUUGCCCGUGCUGCUAUCUCACGAAUAGAGGUAGGCGAUAUAUUGUCUCGCCUUGAGGAGAAUGAGGAAGAAGUUGUUGAACUCCAGUCUUUAACUCGGGCAAUGCUUGCGCGAAUCGAAGUUGGUGAGAUCCUCACUGAUAUUGAGGCAGAGGAGGACUUUAUCACGGACUUCCAAGCACGGAUCAGAGGACUCAUUGUCUGCAACCGCUUCGAAGAAAGACGUCAACAUUAUAAUGAAAACAUGGAGAAAGUCAUCAAGGCCCAGAGUGUUAUCCGAGCGCGCAUUCAAGGCCAGGCUUAUAAGAGCCUGACAAGCGGAAAGAACCCGCCUGUUGGAACUGUCAAGGGCUUUGUGCAUCUUCUCAAUGACAGCGAUUUCGACUUUGACGAAGAGAUCGAGUUCGAGCGCCUGCGAAAGGUGGUUGUUCAACAAGUGCGACAGAACGAGCUUGCUGAACAAUACAUCAGUCAACUUGAUAUCAAGAUUGCCCUCCUUGUCAAGAACAAAAUUACACUGGAUGAAGUCGUCAAGCAUCAAAAGCACUUCGGUGGCCACAUUGGCAACUUGCUAUCCAACACCGAGAUUUCUUCCAAGGAUCCGUACGAUCUCAAAGCUCUCAACAAGACCUCAAGGAGGAAGCUGGAUCAGUAUCAGGUGUUUUUCUUCCUUCUCCAAACCCAAUCACAAUACCUGGCUCGCUUGUUCCGGCGAUUGCGCGAGAUCAACACAUCGGACAAGGAAUAUGAGCGGAUCCGGCACUUGAUGAUGGGUCUCUUUGGAUACUCCCAGAAACGACGCGAAGAGUAUUACCUCAUUAAGCUCCUGGCACGAUCCGUCAAAGAGGAUAUUGAAAGCUUCACAUCUCUUCCUGAAUAUUUGCGCUGCACCUCCUUCUGGAACAAGCUUUUCGCCUCAUAUGCCAAGUCAUCACGCGACCGGAAGUUCAUGCGCGACGUCUUGGGAGCUGUCGUAAAGGAGUCUGUGAUCGACAACCCGGAUCUUGAUUUGGAGAGUGAUCCGAUUCAAAUCUACCGUUCCGCAAUCAACAACGAGGAGCUUCAAACGGGCCAGCGAAGCCGCCGACAACCGGAUCUUCCCAGAGAAGAAGCAAUCAGAGACCCUGAAACCAGAGAGACAUUCAUCCAACAUUUGCAAGAUCUUCGUGACAUUGUUGACCAGUUGUUCUUGAGCUUUGAGGAUUUCCUGUACCGUAUGCCGUUCGGUAUCAGAUAUCUCGCACAGCAAAUGUAUCAAAAUUUACUCGAGAGAUUCUCUGGCGAGGAUCCAGGAUUCAUUCUUCAGACGGUCGGCCACUGGGUAUGGAAAAAUUACUUCCAGCCUGCUGUGCUGGAGCCAGAGAAGUAUGGUGUGAUCGAUCGGGGCCUCACUCAGGAACAAAAGCGAAACCUUGGAGAAAUUUCAAAGGUUGUUGCUCAGAUUGCAUCUGGCAGACUCUUCGGGGCGGAGAAUGUUUAUCUUCAGCCACUCAACAACUACAUUGGAGAGUCAAUCCAGCGCCUAGGGCGUAUCUGGGGUCAGAUGAUCUCAGUCCAGGACGCAGAGGCUUAUUUCGACAUCGAUGAAUUCAACGACCUCUAUGCCAAGGCCAAACCUACCCUGUACAUUAAGAUGUCUGACAUCUUCUCAAUCCACCAGCUUGUGGCCUCUGAGAUUAACUAUAUGUGCCCACACCCUGAUGACUUCCUCAAGGAACUUGUACGAGAACUUGGCAGUGUCAAGAGUAACGAGAACGAAUUGAUGGGGGUCAGCUCUACCGAGAUCAAUCUCACAUUGAAUCCCAAGCUGGCUCAGGUUGAAGAUCCCGAAGCAGAUAUGAAGACGCUCUUCAUGGAGACUAAGCGCUGCAUCCUCUACAUCAUCCGAGUCCAAAGUGGUGCCAACCUAAUGGAAGUCAUGCUCAAAACACCGACAGCCGAAGACGAGGAGCGGUGGCACACUUUGGUUCAAGAAGAACUGAACACCAACAACCCUCGCCGAGGGGCCUACUCCGAAGCCAAUAGCUUAAUUGACAUUGGUGCCAUGAGCUAUUCUGAGCUCAAGGGAAUUGCACUCGAAAAUAUCCUUCGGCUUGAACAGAAUGGCAAGAUCAAUCGUCACAACCAUUAUCAGGAUUUACUGAACGCCAUCGCCAUUGAUAUCCGCACCAAGCAUCGUCGGAGAAUUCAGCGAGAGCGUGAACUGGAGGGUGCUCGGCUGACCUCUCAGAGACUCAGUGGUCAAGCUGUCUACCUGGAGGGGCAGCUCAAGACAUACAACGACUACAUUGAGCAGGCAAUGAUCACGUUACAGAACAAGAAAGGAAAGAAGCGAUUCCUGAUGCCGUUCACCAAACAAUGGGAUCAUCAACGAGAGCUGCAAAAAACUGGUAAGGUAUUCAAAUUUGGAUCCUACAAAUACUCUGCGCGUACUCUGGCGGACCGAGGUGUUCUGGUUGCCUGGAAGGGCUACGCCGAGCGGCAGUGGGAUCGGGUCGACUUGACUAUCUCAAGUAACGAAGUUGGUGUAUUCACCAUCGAUGGGAGCAGCGGUGUGAUGAUGAUUCCCGGCGCCAAUGCACAGGUACCGCUGGACGACUUGCUGCAGGCUCAGUUCAACAACACGCAAUUCAUGGACUUCUUUGACGGCCAGAUGCGGGUCAAUGUCAACCUUUUCUUGCAUUUGAUCAUGAAGAAGUUCUAUAAUGAGUGA